AUGGUGUCGACGAAGUCCAUGACGACAGCUGAGAAUGCAGCCAAGGCGACGCAGGAGCAGGCCGUGACUGCGGCCACGACGGGGCUGCAGUCUUCCGUUGAUGGCGCACAUGGGGUUCCCAGUCCGCGAAACGGGGAGCUGGAAGACGAGAUGGAGAAGGAGGCGAUUCGAGUCUCCUUGGACCGCCUGGUAGCUGCGUUCGAGACAGAGCCCGUGGAGAGGCUGGCGGAGAGGCGCGAGCGGGAGGAGGAGUCCCGGCGGGUCUGGCGGCGGUUCGAUGAGGUCCAGGCGGCCUUGGAGGCGCUGCGCGGCGCGCAACCACCCCCACAGAAGAGCAACGGCGACGGCACAGGGGGAAGCGGGCUGAGCGCGGCGGGAGAGUCGCCGGCGGGCGGCGGCGCAGAGGGGAGCGACCCGGUCGCGCCGGGUGGUUCGCCGACAGGCGGAACGACGACUGAGGACCUACCUCCGGCGGCCGAUGUGAUGGAGGCGGCGGCAGUGGCGGCCAGCGAGGGCGACCAGGCAGGGGCUUCCGAGCGUGUGGGCCACGGUCAGCUAGGGUGCGGCGGUGGGCCUGGGCUUCUGCCUACGCCGACCGCCUAG